AAAACACAGCCACACACACCACGGAGCAACAUACAAAUGUGUUUCGAAGUAAUUAUGUUGAAUAUCUAUUUCGUGAAUUAAAUAUCGGAUUUACUCUGGUCGAUACUAAACAUAAUGGCACUCAGAGUGUUGAGAAAGGUAGUGGAAUCCACUCUACGACCUCAACUCGGGUUUUCGUUUCGCCGUGCCUAUUCCCUGUAUGAACCAGACUAUUUGGAGGUAGGAAAAUCCAAUAUACCUGUGCACGAUGUCUUGAAUAUUCAACUUACAGCAUACAACUUUUGUAUCCUAGAAAGCUAUCAUCACUUUCUUGAUAAUUUAAUUCAUGAUAUGGGUAUAGAAGUUGAGACGAGCUGGGCCCUACCACCAAAACACGAGAUCAUACAAAAGUUCAAGCCGAGGAGUACUGUGAUUGAUUCUGAAUACAAAUUGAAGACAUAUUUCAGAAAUAUACAAGUGGUUGAACCACCUUCGACUCUGUACCCUAUUCUUCUUCGAAUGAUAGACGCGAGUCUUCCAGAAGGGGUAACAGUCAAUGUAGUAAAACAUGAACCAGAACACGAAGAAAUUAGGCAAGUUCCCAAUAAGGACCUUCUGGAACUUAAAGACCAGCUAGAAAAUGUUGGCAAAGCCCCGCCAAAAAGGAAAAGAGGCUUUUAAAAUAUAUCAAAAAGCUUAUUUUGUAAAAAAUAAUAGUACUGUAUUAUACUCGUUGUUAAAUAAAAGCUAGAGAAAUGAUUUACGUGAAGUGGAAUUAGUUUUCUCACAGCGCUUUUCGAUCAUUUUUUGUAUGAAAUAUAAUCUCGACUAAAUAGAUCUACUAAAAAUAUGUUUAUUUGCGAUCAAUAAAAAUAUAAAAUAUGGACACAUACCAAUAACGUAAUAAUACAGAUUCACUGGCAGUUAGUGGUUGUUACAGUUAUACAAUUACAUUUAAUUCCUUACUUAUAUAGGUAAUACUAUUU